AUGUCCAACCCGCCUUUUACGGUCCGAGCGGUCUUUGAAUAUGCUUCAGGCCACGAUGAUGACCUGAGCUUCCCCAUCGGCCAAAUCGUGACCGUCACGGCGGUGGAGGAUGACGAUUGGUAUUACGGUGAAUACACAGAUGGGGCGGGGACCAAGCAGGAGGGCAUAUUUCCCAAGAACUUUGUCGAGAAAUAUGAACCUCCUGCACCCCCACGACCAACACGGCCCAGCCGACCGAAGAAGGAGGCUGAGCCUGCUCCUACGGAACCUCCAGUCGCAGCAACGGAAAGGCAGCCGCAGGUCGAGCCCGAGAUUGCGGAGCCCGCUUCCGCGCCUGUUGAGGUACCAGCUCCCAAGCAGGCUCAGCCAGAACCUCCUCAAUCUCCCCGGGAGAUUUCAAAUCCGGUCGCCGAGCCCUAUGUAUCGCAUCAGCCUCCCUCACAACCGGCCGCGACUACUGCAGCUCCUGCUGCAUCCUCAGUGGCCGCGCCGCCUCCGGUAGCUAAGAGCACCAAGCCUCCACCUCCUGCGGUUGCGGAUAAACCCUCCGGGUCUUCCUUCAAGGAUCGAAUUGCGGCCUUCAAUCAGUCUGCUGCCGCACCAGUUGCUCCCUUUAAACCUGGUGGUUCCCAGCAGUCCACCUCGUUCAUCAAGAAACAGUUUGUGGCUCCACCCCCUAGCAAAGAUUCCUUCGUCCCUCCGCCGCGGGAGCCCGCGCCAAAGGUAUACAGAAGAGAAGAAGACCCCGAUGUCAAGGAGCAAUUGGCGCGUGAGCCGCCAGUCUCGGAAGCCCGACCGCCUCCGUCUGCCUCGGUGUCCAUGCCCAGCGCUGAAGAAGGGUCUGAGGACCAACCAAAACCGACCAGCCUGAAGGAGCGUAUUGCGCUUUUGCAGAAGCAGCAGUUGGAGCAGUCCCAGCGCCACGCCGAGGCAGCGCAGAAGAAGGAAAAGCCCAAGGCUCCUAAGAAACCCGUCGAGCCGCAACCGGAAUCCGCUGAAGCCGAAAUUGGUUCGGAAACCUCUCCCACCGACGCUGCGAGCACAGCUCGCGAUCCUAGCGUGGAAACUGUACGUGCCCGAGCACCCCCGCCUCAGCCAGCUCCCCUCUCCCCCUCGGAGGAAGUUGCAAGCGAGUCAAAUGAUGCCGAUUAUUCUGCGGCGGCAGACUCGGAAGAUGCUGGAGAGACUUCUGCAAGCAAGCCCGAGGACGAGGAGCAAUCUCGCAAGGAAUCCACCCAUGCAGUUGAGAAACAAGGCGAAGAAGCAGAUGUUGAGGAGGAUGCAGUGGAGGCAGAGGAUGAGGAGGAAGAAGAAGAAGAAGUCGACCCAGAAACCAGGCGCAGAAUGGAACUUCGCGCGCGAAUGGCCAAGAUGAGUGGCGGCAUGGGCAUGAUGGGACUUUUCGGUCCUCCAGGUGGUCUUCCAGGCAUGGGACCUCCACCAGCAACUCGCAAACCCAAGACUCCCGGGGAAUCUGAAAAACGGUUCGUGGAGCCGGAGCCGACCUCCCCUCUACAUGCUCCUCCUGUCCCAUUGCCUGGGAUGAACGUGGGUGCUAUGAUUCCUGCCACUGUAGAAAAGGAGGAUGAUACUCAGGAGGAAGAGCAUGGGUCGACACUAGUUUCAGAGCAGCAUCCCCCACGAGAGGUGCCAGAUGUCGAGGAUGUCGUACGUGAUAUCCCUCUGUCACGUCGAUCAACCGACAGGGCCCCCCCGGUCCCAUCUACCGAACGCACCGCUGCGGUGCCUCCAGUGCCAGAGUCGCGCCCGGUGCCACCACCUCCAGUGCCCGCUGAAGCCCCCAGAUCGCCGCCUUCAGUUCCAUCAGGCCGGCCGGCACCUCCUCCACCGAGGCCCUCCACGGGUGAUGAGUCCGAUGACGAACUCUCCGUCCACGCGGGGAACCUAUCUCUGAACGAGUCAGGUCAAACGCCUGCAGUCCCAGCUCCAGCGCUCCCCGAUCGGGUGGAUGCUCGUCGUCCCUCGACAUAUGACGCGUCCCCUCCAUCAACUGCGACCUCGGUCGCCGAAAAGAGAGCAAGUCGCCCACCACCUCCGAUCCCAACAAAUCCACCAUUGCCUCCAUCACAGAGCCGCGCGCCUCCUCCACCUCCUCCUGGCCAGCUCCGUCGACGUUCUACCGUUGACAGUCACACGAGUGCGCCGAGACAGGCCGGUGACGAUACUGAAGGCGAAGUUACUGAGUAUGAUGGGGAUUACGACACUGAUAUUGCAUCAAGCGCCAAAUACAAGGACGCCUUGAAGGCCCAUGAGCGGGAAUCCAGUAUUGACGAGGGCACCAUCACCGACGAUCAUUCUACCUAUUCGCCCCGAAGCCCUACUGAAUCUCGUCUGCCUCCACCACUCCCUCCUACUGUUGCUCCUCGGGGCGUCCCUCCUCCUCCACCCAGUCAACCACCGCGCAAUGCCCGCGCCUCUAUUGACACGCCGCGUGGACCACCUCCUCUCCCGCCUUCUCGUGACGCCCCCCGUGGAACCGGAGUGACCCCCGAAGAUGAGGAAUACGAUCCAUUCAACUACUCCGCUCCUCAACAUGGGCUACCUGACCCUCCCGCACCGCCGAGCGGGCGACCGGAGGUUCCGCCUCUUCAGACUCCGCAGGCUACGACUGGGGAUUACGCCAAUGCGUACGAGGCAUCUCCAGUAACAAGUCCAGUUCACGAGCGGCCAAGCUCACUUCUUGAAAAGAGGCCAUCUCUGGCGCCACCCCCUCCUCCCCCUCAGUCGCAAGCUCCCCCUAUGCCUUCCCCCUCUGCUGCUCGGAGUGGACGAGCAUCGAUGGAUCUGAUGCGUAAUCAGCGGCGAUCCAUGGAUGUAACUCGUCCGUCGAUUGACCAAAGCUUCAUCGCCACCGAUGUUGAUCUUGGUGAAGGCUCCUUGUGGUGGAGUCAGCCCAACAUGAUUCCCCCAGUCUUCCAGAACCGCAAGGAUGUACUGUUCGAAAUCGAGGAGUCAUCUGUCCCGAACCAAGGCGGCUCGACUACUAUUUCAAAGGAUGUUUAUGUUCUGUUCAUGGACUAUUCGCAGACAGUGGUGACGGUCCAGUAUGAUAGCAAGAAUCCCGCAGAUGCCGCUUUGGAACAGCGCCAUGAACCUCCUCCCCAUCAACCCCGCCAAGAUCAACUGGAGCAGGCCCAUUUCCAGAUUGGGACCCGAAUCUCGGAGGCUGUCAAUGCUGUUCAGAGCUCGACCGUUAGCGAUGGGACUCCAUUUGGACUGGUCCAGCACCUUUUGAAACCACUGUCUGGGGUCCUUCUUCCCGUUGGAACUCGCGCCUACGGAGCCUUGGUCUAUUCGAAUCUCGCCAAUGCAUCGGUGUCACAGAAUGAUGAGAUUCGGGCUGGUGACAUCGUCAGCUUCCGCAAUGCUCGAUUCCAGGGUCAUCGUGGCACAAUGCACCAGAAGUACAGUGCCGAGGUUGGCAAGCCCGACCAUGUAGGAAUUGUUGUCGAUUGGGAUGGUACUAAAAAGAAGAUCCGGGCUUGGGAGCAGGGACGGGAAAGCAAGAAGGUGAAGAUGGAGAGCUUCAAGCUUAAUGACCUUCGCAGUGGCGAGUGCAAGGUAUGGCGCGUGAUGCCUCGCAGCUGGGUCAGCUGGGAGUCAGCAAGAUAA